AUGGGAGGAAGCUGGGCGGACGAGGUGCCGGGCGUGCUAUGGGCCAUCCGCACAACUCCAAAGGAAGGAACGGGUGUGACGUCGUUCCACCUGGUGUACGGGGGAGAGGCAAUCGUCCCAGUCGAGGUCGCCGUAGAGUUCGAUCGGAUUCAGAAUUAUGAUGGAGACAACGCCGAGCGGAGGCAGCUGGAGUUGGACAUGAUUGACGAAGAUCGAGCUAAAGCAGCCGUCCGAGUGAUGGCGUACUGGCAAAGAAUGAAGCAGAAUUACAACAGGCGUGUAAUUCCCAGGACAUUUCAAGUCGGCGAUCUAGUUUGGAAGAAAGUAAAGUCGGUCGGUGACGUAAGUAAGCUGGACGCUCCCUGGCAAGGACCUUUCAAGGUCGUCGAGAGGCUCCAGUCGGGAGCCCAUUAUCUGUAG